AUGUUUCCACACCACUUAUGCUUCCCUAACCGAGUCCAUCUUGUUCCCCCGUACCAUCCCAAUGUGAUUAAGAUCAAUCCGAAGCCCAGACGUUUCGAGCUCUGUCUCGAUCAGAUGCAUCAGAGGCGCCAAAGGCGUGAGGGGAGGCUUGAAAAACAGCCGGAAUGGUCCUACGGGUAUCUUUACCCAUCGGAGGGUUGUCCCUUUCCUGAAGAGGGAGGAAGUGUGGGGAUUGCAGCUGCUCCCUCAUCAACAAUUGGUGGUGCAUUAAUAGACAUGGGUGUAGGACUCGGACUUGGAGUGGUGAGAGAGGUGUGUUAA